CCUCUCCUCUCCUCUCCCUUGCAGGGACGGCCGGCCGGCGAGCUCUCCACCCAAUUCCCUUGCAGGACGGGCGUCUUCUCCCGCCGAUCUCCCGCGAGCAGGGGCGCCAUCGUCCGCAAUGCCCCACGUUAGGUCCUCCCCUGUCGGAGAUCUUCCAGGAUGGCCAUUGUUUUCGCCUCCUAAGCUGCAGUUGCAAAAGUGUACCAAGUGUUCCAGGGAAUUUUGCUCCUCAAUCACCUAUAGGCGCCAUACUCGUGUUCACCGCCGAACUCUCCAAAUUGAAAAGGAUUUCCUGAAGAAUAGAGACAAUAUUGCUGCAUUCUGGGAUAAACUUACGUUGGAUCAAGCCAAAACAAUUUUGUCCUUGGCGGAUGUGGAUAUAGAGAGUGUCACCGGUCCUUCUGUUUUAACAGCACUAUCCUCAUGGAUGUGUAAGCCAGGGUAUGCUUCAUUACCGCUCGCAUAUGCCAGAGCUGGCAAUCAACUUCUGGACCUAAUUGAAACAAUGGCUUCACGGCUACCUGUAUCAUCGAAUGAACUAUUUAGCUUGCUCGAUGACGCAAGUGAGAAUACGUUUCUCUGUACUAACCCAACUGCAUGUAUACAAAAGUUUAUAUUUAAUGGAGAGGCUGACAAAGUUGCAACCGAGUUGAAAAAUGCUGUUGCAUGCACUAGUUACAUGCUUGAACAAAAACUGGUCGAAGCAUGGUCUGCUGAUAAGGCUGCUGAAGCAUUGAGAUGCCAGAAGUUGCUUGUGGAGGAAGAGGAAGCUGCUCAGAAAAGGCAAGCUGAACUGAUAGAAAGGAAACGUAUGAAGAAGCUGAGGCAGAAAGAACAGAGACUGAAAGACUUCAAGGAUGAGGAUGUUACAGACCAUUUACCUGGACCUGUGGAUGGCACAACAGAUUCUUGUGGAAUACCAAUUCUUAAGAACACUUCAGAUCCGGGCCAGCUAGAAGAUCCACAGUAUCUUUGUUUGCCAACUCCAGUUGCUUCAGAAGAUAAUAGUAAUUUUGUUGACUUGUCUGUACAAUAUGGCGUUCAUGAUCCAGGCCAUGAAGUGAAUUCAGGUGUUGUUUCAGGUCAACAAGCCUUUUCUAGACAUCGUCCAGGCAGAACAGAAAACCUUGCCCACAAUAACUCUGCCACUGGUUCUGCGAUUGGUUCAAAGCUUCCAGGUUUAGCAAGGCAUUCACACUACAGGGGUCCAAAUGUCGGUACAGCAUCAAAUAGAAACAAAACAUGGGCAUGGAAAGUGCGAACUGAGAUUGAAGAAAACAUCCUAAAAGAUGAGUUGAAUAUAGAUGAUAGGCAAGAGAUUGUUCUGAACAAAAAGUCCCGUGUAUUAAUAGGAUCCAUAAGUGUUGACAUUGAAGAAGGCAGGGAUGAUAUCCAGUGUUCCAAGGAAUACCCAACACCUGUUUCUCAAUUAAGUAUUGACAACCAUCCUGUAAUGAAGGUGAUGCAGCCAGUUAGCCAUGGAGAAGAUGGAAACGGAUACACUGCUCAGAAUGCUCAGAAUGAUGUUGAUGGUAAUAUUACUCCAGAAGCAGAGAAUCAUUCUUCAUCUGGCGUCAUGCUUGAUGGAAGCAGUUGUUCAAGCUGCGUCAACCCAGGGUUGAUGGAGGGUGGAGGCUUACUAGGCGCCAUAUUUUCCAGUAAAGAAGCAGCUGCAUUUCUUUCUCAAAGAUGGAAGGAAGCAAUUACCGCAGACCAUGUGAAGCAUGAAGGUAGCCAAAAAGGAAAAAAAAAAAAAGAAAUCUUCUCCACUAGUCCACUCUCUACUAGUACUAGUACUCGGAGGAGUAGAAUAGAGAAGGCGAAGGAAGGAAGGAAGAUGAUGUCGUGGGUGUCGUUGUGGCGGAGGGGGGCCUCGGGCUUCUCCUGGUCCUCCACCGCCGAGGAGGUCACCGCCGGCCUCUCCGCCGCAGGCCUCACCGCCGUCGUCACCGGCGCCUCCAGCGGCAUCGGCGCCGAGACGGCGCGCGUCCUCGCCCUCCGCGGGGCCCACGUCGUCAUGGCCGUCCGGAACCUGGCCGCCGCGCAGGCCGUGCGCGACGCCAUCCUCGCCGACGCGCCCGCCGCCACCACCCUGGACCUCAUGGAGCUCGACCUCUCCUCCAUGGACUCCGUCCGCGCCUUCGCCUCCGACUUCGCCGCCAAGGGUCUCCCCCUCAACAUCCUCAUCAAUAAUGCUGGGGUGAUGGCAACUCCUUUCUCUCUCUCAAAGGAUGGUAUUGAGUUGCAAUUUGCAACGAACCAUGUUGGUCACUUUCUUUUGACACAUCUUCUCUUGGAGAAAAUGAAAAAGACUUCUCGUGAAUCAAAUGUGGAAGGAAGAAUUGUUAACGUUUCAUCCGAGGGGCACAGGUUCGCAUAUCGGGAAGGCAUCCGUUUUGCCAAGAUAAAUGAUGAGUCAGAGUACAACACCAUUGGAGCAUAUGGGCAGUCCAAGCUUGCAAACAUUUUGCAUGCCAAUGAACUUACUAGGAGAUUUAAGGAUGAGGGUGUUAACAUCACUGCAAAUUCUCUUCACCCUGGUUCAAUCAUCACGAACCUUCUUCGUCACCACAGUAUCCUAGAUGUUCUUCAUCGGACACUUGGCAAAUUGGUGCUUAAAAAUGCUCAGCAGGGGGCGGCCACCACAUGCUAUGCCGCGCUGCAUCCACAGGUGAAGGGCGUGUCCGGCAAGUACUUUUGCGACAGUAAUGUUUACGAGGCGAGUGAGAAAGGGAAGGACAUGGAGCUGGCCAAGAGGCUGUGGGAAUACAGCAUCGAGCUCAUCACCUGAUUCAUGAUGUCUGCAGUUGGCCAUUGAGGUUUCGUAGAUGGCAUAUGGCUUGGAUUGUGCGUGCGUGAAACAAGAAGAUAGCAUCAUCAUCAUCAUCAUCACCAUCACCAUCACCAUAAUCAUAAUAAGUAGUACUAGUGGAGUAAUAUACUACUACUAGUAUAUAUAUGCUGCCUGUUGUUUCCUUGAAAAUACUAAGUAAAUGUGAUAUGCCUGUUAUGCAUAUAUAUGAUAUAUGCAAUUGUUC